ACCACUGCGUAAGAUUAUUAACUGGCGCCCGAAUAGGGACCUGAGGCGCAAAUAGUGAAAAAAUUUUUUGCAAAAGUGAAGCAUUUGGAUCACUCCAAUAGAGUGUUGUGACCAACAGGGAAUCCAGAUUGUAACAAAUCUGGUACCACUUCAUGAAAAAAAUAUUCACGAAACCAUUCCUUACCACCUUAUAGGUAACAGUGCGAAGGGCCCCCGAGUAUUAGCGACUGAAAGAAGACCCGUUAAAAAAGGGAACACCGCCAUCGCACCGGGACGGUUUGGAAGACGCAUUCGGUCCAUAUUGUCGACGAUGACAAAUUUGUUUUUGUAAGUAUAUGCUCAUUGUUUUGCUACCAAUUGUGACCGCACAAACCAUCAAGAUAGACAAUAUUGACCAGCCAAUCUUAGCAGUGAGCAAAGGAAUAGGAAGAAUCCAGAUCGGUACUAAAUAUUACAUCCAUCAUUUCAAUAUCUCACGAUGGAAACAAUCUAUGCAAGAGAUAGAAGAAGAUUUUGAAGAAUUACCAUACAACCAGUUCACGGCUAUCAUAGGUGAGCGAAUGGAUGAAAUCCAUCAAUCGAUAAAUUACCUGCAGAACAGAAGAUCGAAACGCUGGGAUACAGUAGGGACAGUUUGGAAAUUUAUAGCUGGAAACCCAGACGCUAACGAUCUAAGAAUGAUCAACAAUUCCAUAAAUGAUCUUGUUAAGAAUAACAACAUUCAGGUAACGUUUAAUUUUGACCUUAACUUAAAAAUUCAAGAGGCCUUGCAUAAAACCACGCAAGCUCUAAAUAUUUCCAACAAGCAUUCGAAAGAAUUAAGUGCAGUAAAUGUAUACUUACAUAUUAAUCAUUUUGCAAGAUAUCUAGAGAGUAUAGUUGAAACGGUAGCACUAGGUAAAUCAGGCAUUUUUAACAAAAAUAUAUUAAGUCAAGAGGAGCUAGCAAUAUUGCUGCAUGACUUAGAUCAGGAACACAUAAAAACAAACUCAAUCGCUGAAGCUCUAUCAUUCGCUUCUGUUACCAUAACAUCGAACGCGCAUGAACUCGCCCUGCUAAUCAAGAUGCCGAAAGUAGACCCUCGUAACUUCACAAAAACGCUCGUGUUCCCGAUUGUGCAGAGCAACCAUACAAUCCUGCACCUGCCCGAAAUAAUGUUUUUAGUAAACGCCGCCGAAUGUUACAUAGUGAAGACAUUAGAUCUCACUAUCUACAAGAAGGACGCUGUAAAGAUAGAUACUUCUACAUGUGCCCCAAACCUCCUUAAAGGUCUUACCGCAGAUUGUGAUUAUAUCAGCAACCCCAUAGCCGAAGAAAUUGUAAACAUCGACAAUAAUCAUAUCCUCAUGAAUACAGUGAGCAAUUUUGAACUGAUUACCAAUUGCGGAAUUGCAGAUAGAAAUCUGACAGGAUCCUUUCUCUUCACUUAUGAAAACUGUCAGCUAUUGGUGAACAAAUCCAUAAUAUCCAAUGGAGUACAGCAUCUCCCCGUAAAGCCAAUUCCCCUACAGUUAGAUGGGAUAGUCAUAAAACAAAAUAAGGGGCUGCUUAACGUCAGUUUGGAUUAUCUACACCAAGCACAUCUGGAGACGAGAAAAGAGUUAGAUAUGAUUCAUUUGCAAAACAAUAGCAUCCAAUGGCCGCAUCUAACGAUCUUUGGAGGCAUAGCAGUUAUGCCCAUGAUUAUCGUGAUCAUCGUUGCACUCGUAAUUUGGCACCGCAGAAGAAUUGCAAUUACCAUGCAUACUGCAACUGUAAUCCCAAUGCAAGCAACGGCACAAGUACUUACUGACGAACGAAGAAGAGAACUCGAGGCAUACUUGGGCACGCCAACACCACUUCGAGAGCUUUGAGGACAAAGCCACCAAGAGGGGAAGAGUUAACACAACGAAGAGAUAAGAUAAACAUCAGGGCAUCAGCAUCGCAUCAACAUAGCGCAUCUGGGUGGCAUCGCAUCAACAUAAGCACAUCAGAGAGGCAUCGCAUCAACAUAGCGUCAGCAGAACAGCAUCGUGUCAACACUGCAUCAGCAGAUUGCCGUGUGACCCAGAUUGCUGCGCGAUCGUGUCG